GCGGUGCUGGGAGUUGGUAGUAUCGUACCGUUGUUAUUUGUCCCCCUCUCGCUCCAAAAUGACCGUGAAAGCAGCUGAGGCGUCGGGUCCUACCUUGACUUACUCGAAGAUGAGGGGAAUGGUGGCCAUCCUAAUCGCUUUCAUGAAGCAGAGAAGAAUGGGGCUAAACGACUUCAUUCAGAAGAUAGCCACCAACUCCUAUGCAUGCAAGCACCCUGAAGUUCAGUCUAUCUUGAAAAUCUCCCAGCCUCAAGAGCCUGAACUUAUGAAUGCUAAUCCUUCUCCUCCGCCCAGUCCUUCACAGCAGAUCAAUCUUGGUCCAUCAUCCAACCCACAUGCCAAACCAUCAGACUUUCAUUUUUUAAAAGUCAUUGGAAAAGGCAGUUUUGGGAAGGUUCUCCUUGCACGGCAUAAGGCAGAAGAGCAGUUCUAUGCUGUUAAAGUCCUGCAGAAGAAAGCAAUCCUGAAGAAGAAGGAGGAGAAGCACAUUAUGUUCCUGCUGAAAAAUGUGAAACAUCCCUUCCUGGUCGGGCUUCACUUUUCCUUCCAAACGGCAGACAAAUUGUAUUUUGUCCUAGACUACAUCAAUGGUGGAGAGUUGUUCUACCAUCUCCAGAGGGAGCGUUGCUUCCUGGAGCCCAGAGCCCGAUUUUAUGCUGCUGAAAUUGCCAGUGCGCUGGGCUACCUGCACUCCCUGAACAUUGUUUAUCGCGACUUGAAGCCAGAGAAUAUCCUGCUCGAUUCGCAGGGGCACAUUGUCUUGACUGACUUUGGACUCUGCAAAGAAAACAUAGAGCACAAUGGCACAACCUCCACUUUCUGUGGCACACCAGAGUAUCUUGCUCCUGAAGUUCUUCAUAAGCAGCCCUAUGACCGGACUGUGGACUGGUGGUGCCUUGGAGCAGUCCUGUAUGAGAUGCUUUAUGGCCUGCCGCCCUUCUACAGCAGGAACACGGCAGAAAUGUAUGACAACAUCUUGAACAAACCCCUGCAGCUGAAGCCAAAUAUUACCAACUCGGCCAGACAUCUCCUGGAAGGCCUCUUGCAGAAGGAUAGAACAAAGAGGCUUGGUGCCAAGGAGGACUUUAUGGAGAUUAAGAAUCACAUCUUCUUCUCCCCAAUUAACUGGGAUGAUCUCAUUAAUAAGAAGAUUACACCUCCUUUUAACCCAAAUGUGAGCGGCCCAAAUGACCUGCGACACUUCGAUCCGGAGUUUACAGAUGAGCCAGUCCCCAACUCCAUUGGCCAGUCACCAGACAGCAUCCUCAUCACUGCCAGCGUCAAAGAAGCUGCUGAGGCUUUUUUGGGCUUCUCAUAUGCCCCACCUGUGGACUCUUUCUUGUGAACAUUUUUCUUUCUUUUUUCUUUCUUUUUAAAUAAUAACAACAACUAUUAUUUUUAUUUUUAUUUGGCCUUCUGGUGGAACUGCCAGUUGACCAGUCGUCUUGAAAGAGAAUUUGCACAUUUCCACCACGGCAGCUUUGCAGCCUUAAUUUCAACUACACUGUUUGCUGGAAGCUUUUUUGAAGAGCACACAUCACUCUCUAAAUGAGCUUUACAGGCUUUUCAUUUCUAUUCGUUCUUCCCCCAAAGUGGUGCUGUCUCCUUGGGAAAGACAAACAAGCGUGACUGCUGCCAUAGACUGCUACAGCAGAUCGUAGGAGUAAGAACAAGCUGUUUUGAAAUCGUGCUCCGAAAAGCCUUGCCUGAAGAUCUAUCUGAACGUGAUAAGGAUUUUAUGAAAUGUGCCUUUUUCUGAUGAGAUCUUGUGAGCUCCAAAGCUUUCCCUGUUGCAGAGUGUGUUUCUCAGUUCAUUUAUGUGGGUUUACUAUGUGAACAAAUGGUGUGCGUGUGGUCUGCAUACUACAGAUGGACUUAGUUUAAAGCAUCAGUGUGACACUUGCAGGAUACCACAAUGUGGGGCAUUGUUUGUUUCUUCCAUAUUUGGAAGAUAAAUUAAAUGUAAUUUUGAAAUUUCUUUUGUAAAUCUAUACAGUCAACUAAAAUUAUUGAAAUAGGCUCACAAUUACUUGUAUCCAAAUGCUUGAAGAAAGCAUUGCUGCUAUGAAAAAAGAUUUCUAUUUUUAGAAAGGGUUUUUAUGGACCAAAAUGCCCCAGCUGCAGUCGGUCAAAGCUGUUGGUUUCUUUUUUUUGUCUUCCCCUCCCUGCUUUUUUUUCUUUUUUUCCCCCUUUUUUUUCCUUUUUUUUUAGUUUAAAAAUGUCAUCUGUAAAAUGGGCAUUAUUU